UUCUGCUUCAUCUUUUUCGCUCAAUAUUUUCCCCGCUGCGGCCUCGAAGCUAUCGAACGCUCGGGUAGUUCCUGACAGGCCCACAUCCCUAUCCUCCUGUUCUGCAGCAGUAUCGGAUAUGCUGCUUGAGUUCCUCGCCAUUAAUUCAUGACAUAUGCUUGUGGGACCAGUGUCCCGGUUUUCGUCAUCCUGCGAUCGGGUGCGAGAAGAUAAACGAAGGGGGGGGGGGCUGAUGGUAGCUGCAAGGGAUAGCGACUACCCCUGCAUAUUGGUGUCGGUGUCGCUUGUAUGUGGCCCGUGCUCUUCUUGUGGACAGAGUCCGCUGCGGUUGGUGCGUGGCUUGGUCGCCUUGUUAUCGCUUCCCUCAUCAAGCCGAGCCAGUUGAGUGCAGCUGCUGCUUUUGGAGCCAGCUGAGCAGCUUUCGGCA